AUGUCCUUGCUCGUCAUGGUAGGUGCAGUGGUAUCGAGGGUUAAAGCCCCUUUGGGCAUCUCCCAGCUUAGUCGGUCACCGGAUGUAUGCCUCGUCAUGGAUCUCGCUAAGAAUGCAAUAGAUUGGGAUUUUGAAGACCAUGGUGAUGCCUAUUCGGGUAUUCUACUUUCUCUUAGUGUCCUUUGCGGCAUCGCAGGGAUAGUUUGCCUGGUUGAAGUUGCAGUUCUUAUUAUGUCGGAGUACUUGAAGCGUCCUGGAAAUCUGCAAAGUUGGCAUAACUUGGAGGCUUACCUUCAUGGUGUUGCAGGUACACAAGGAUCAAAUGGAGGAUUCAAGUUGGAAGUUGAUCGAGAUAUUGCACUUGUUAACAAAUCAUUGGAUGCUUUAAAAGAUGAAUAUCUAAUACCACCUUCCUGGCGAGUUGAAAAGAACAAGGGCAUGGUUCAACAGACGGAUGGCUCUUGGAAUUUGAUGGACCAUGAGCCAGAUCAUCUCAAAGAUUAUUUCUUGAACUCCUGGAAAUUGAUGGACAAUAAGCCAGAUCAUCAGGAAGAUGAUUUCUCGAUCAUUACUAAGGCUGAGAAAAUUAUGAAAGCUUAAACUCCACUAUCUAAUUGAAGUUGUUUUAAGUAAAUGUUUCCUUAAAUUAAGAUUUAUUAACCUAGGUUAUGAAUGUAUGUUGGAAUCCCAUGUAGUAGUUUAGGUUUUGAUUUUUUUAUUGUUGUCAAGUUUUCCUAUGAGCUUACUUGUUGCCCUUUAGGACUUUGUCUUCAGCUAUCUUGCAUACCAUUUUAUUUUUUUAUUUUUCUGUUUUUUUAUUUGUUGGUAAUAAAUCUGACUCAUCCAAAAAAAAGUUGGUGGUGGGCAUGUUUCAUUAA